UUUGGAAUGAUGGAUAUAUUAAGGGAUUUGAUGCUAUGAAAAAUGAAUGGAUAAGGAAGUCGCGAAUGAAUGUUUGUUUAAAGAGCCUUUAUAAUUCUAAAGAUGUAAAACAAGAAUUUUUAAAAGAAACACAUAAACAAGCUAUUUAUUUAAGUCGGCUUUUGAAAUAUCAAAAUCUCCCUAAACCAAUAAAUGCUAAACCAGUAGUUGCAGAAUUAGCAACUUUAACUUCAACUGAAGUUACAACUUUAGUCCAGUCGGAUGUCACGACAAUAAUAACGAUAAAGGCUGAAUAA